GCCAACAACAUGUAAUAUAAUCCAACCAUAAAGCAGAAAAUUCUGGAAUUUUUUUUAUAAUUAAAUUUUGAAGACUAUUUGUGUCACAAGAAGUCAGGGUCCAUUUGGACAAGUAAGCUGCCUUGUGGACGCAACUACAUGUGUCAGUCCGAAAUUUGUACGUAACUCAUUGACAUAUGUUGAUGAGCCAUAAAACAGGUUGGUUUGAUUUCCUACAACUACAUUUCAUCAAACUCACAUUAGCUCUUCCUAGACUUCAAAAUCCUGUUAGAUUUGGUCUCUAUAAAUACCAAGUACAAGUUUUUUUUUUUUCAAUCAACACCACUUGCCAAUACAAUACUUGGAAGUGAAUCAAUUCCCACAACUUGCAGUUCCUAUCAUUUAAAACAUGGCCGUUUCUAAGUGUUGUUUCCUUUUGUCUAUGAUCAUAGCAUUGUCACUCUCAAGCAUCGACGUGAGCUUCGCGACUCGUUACCUUUUGGACACACCAGCUGCUCCACCUCCAGCAUUAACAUUGCCUACAAUCCCAUCUCUGCCAAAGGCCACAUUGCCUCCUCUGCCAUCAGUGCCCACACUGCCUAAAGCCACAUUGCCACCACUGCCUAGCACUCCAUUGCCAACACUGCCGACUCAACCAACUCUGCCAAAGCCCACAUUGCCACCACUUCCAAGCAUCGAAGUCCCAUCUCAGCCAACGUUACCAACCACCACAUUGCCACCAUUGCCUUCCAACCCAUUGCCAACACUGCCAAAUCAACCAACUCUUCCAAAGUCCACAUUGCCACCAUUGCCAAGCUCCCAAGUCCCAACAUUGCCAACCAUGCCCACAAUUCCCAAGGUGACACUACCUCCUCUCCCAGCUAAUCCAUUGCCCACCAUCCCAACCACAAUUCCUUCGAUCCCCACCAUUCCGAUCACAAUCCCAACAAUUCCUUUCCUCUCUCCACCCCCCUCAAAGUGAAGCACUAUUGCUUGAGAUGCUACGUUUCCAUUCUUUAUUCUAGCUUUGUUUGGACUAUUCUUUUCACCACUACUUGUAUUACUUUUUGUAUACAUUAGAACCUAUAUGGGUUCUAAUGUUCUAUAUGUACCCGUUUGGAUUCAAAUGAUUUUGGCGUUUGUGUU